AUGGGUGUGCUUGCAGCCCAGCGAUCGUCCGCUCGCGGUCUGGCUCGUGCUACCGUCGCUGCUCAGCGAUGGUUGAGCACCGCUUCGGCUGCCCGCGUCGCUACCGCCUCGUCCGCCGCUUCCACUCAAGUCGAGUGCUCCAAGCCUCGUGCUGCUGCCACGCCAGCCGUUCGAUCCUACUCGAGCGCCGCUGCCCGUGAGAACGCCUACGACAGGGAGACGAUCACCAGGCUAUUGUACUCGCUCGCCUCGCGCAAGGAGGUCGAGAGGUAUCUGCGCAUCUUCUCGGCUGCCGACAAGUUCGCCGUCAUCAAGGUCGGUGGUGCCAUCCUCACGCACCAGCUUGAGGAGCUUGCACUCAGCCUCUCGUUCCUUCACCGCAUCGGUCUGUACCCCAUCGUCCUGCACGGUGCUGGCCCGCAGCUCAACGAACUGUUGGAAAAGGAGGGCGUCGAGCCAGACUACAUUGACGGUAUCCGAAUCACCGAUGCCAAGACGCUGAAAGUGGCUCGUCGAAUCUUCCUCGAGGAGAACAUGCGUCUCGUUGAAAAGCUCGAGUCGCUCGGAAGCCGUGCUCGCCCGAUCCCCAUCGGCACCUUCACCGCCGAAUACCUCGACAAGGACAAGUACGGUCUUGUUGGAAAGAUCAACAAGGUGGACAAGGAGCCCAUCGAGAGCGCAAUUCGAGCGGGCUGCCUGCCCAUCCUCACCUCGCUCGCCGUCACCAACGAUGGACAGAUCCUCAACGUCAACGCCGAUGUGGCUGCCUCGGAGCUCUCCAAGACGCUCGAGCCGCUCAAGAUCGUCUACCUGAACGAGAAGGGUGGUCUGUACCACGGCAAGACCAAGGAACUCAUGGAGGUCAUCAACCUCGACGAGGAGUACGCCGACCUGAUGAAGGAGGAGUGGGUCAAGUACGGUACCAAGCUCAAGCUGCGUGAGAUGAAGGAGCUGCUCGACCACCUUCCACGAUCUUCGUCGGUAGCCAUCAUCUCGGUUGACCAGCUGCAGAAGGAGCUCUUUACGGACAGCGGUGCUGGUACGCUCAUCCGACGUGGCUACAAGUUGUACCGCAAGAACAGCAUCGAGGAGGUGGGUGCCGAGCGUAUCCGUCAGGUCCUCAAGGAGAACGACGACGAGAUCAAGGAUGGUCGCAAGUCGGUGGCCGAAUUCUUCUCCGAGAUCUCGCAGCACCCUUACACGGUGUACGGUGACGAGCCGUUUGACUGUGUCGCCUUCGUUUCGCAGCCCGAAGGCGAAGUCGCGAUCCUGCAGAAGCUCGUCACGACGCGCAACGGUGUUCUGAACGGCGUCAACGACAACAUCUGGAAGCAGAUCCGCAGGGACCACAAGCGUCUUGUUUGGACGUCGCGUGCUGACGAUGACCAGCGAGCGUGGCACUAUGAACGUGCCGACGGCUCGUUCACGCGCAACGGCCGCUCGCUCUUCUACUACGGCAUCCACGACGUUGCCGAGGUGGAGAGCAUCGUGCGCAACCUCGAGGAGAAGAGCCGUAUCGAACGCGCUUAUCUGCCGCUCAAGCCUGCCAAGCCGUCGUCGCCGAGUGGUACGCGUGCCUACUCGACCAUGUCGCGACCCGGCCUCACGUCUUGGCGCAUGAUGGCCGGCUCUCGUCGCGGUUACGCGACCGCAGUCGAACGAAGCGCGCGAAUUCCGGCGUCGACUACUGAGAAGAAGCGUGUUGCUCUGAUCGGCGCUCGUGGCUACACAGGUCAGUCGCUCAUCGCGCUGCUCAACAACCACCCGCACAUUCAACUCUCGCACGUGUCGUCGCGCGAGUUGGCAGGUAUGCCGCUCAAAGAAUACACAAAGGCACACGUCAACUACACCAACAUUGGCGUCGAAGAUCUCAAGAAGCUCGAGCGCGGCGAGGGACCCGGUGCGCCUCCGGAUGCCUACAUCAUGGCUCUGCCCAAUGGCGUCUGCAAGCCGUUCGUAGAGGCGGUUCAGGAGGGCGGCAAGAACAAGCGCAACGGUCACGGUGUCAUUGUCGAUCUUUCCGCCGACUAUCGCUUCCAAGACGAGUGGACCUACGGUUUGCCAGAGAUCUAUGGACGUAGGCAGGUUCGUGGGUCCAAGUUGAUCUCGAAUCCGGGGUGUUAUGCGACGAACAACCAGGCGUUGAUUGCGCCGUUGCUGCCGGUGUUGGAUCGUUCGGCUGGGCCUACGGUGUUUGGGGUAUCUGGGUACUCGGGAGCGGGCACUAAGGCGUCCGAGACGCCUACGGGCGAGAGAAAGACGGUUCCUAAGAUCAGUGCUGACGAUCUUGCUGGUGGAAUUCGAGCUUAUGCGCUUACCGAUCACAUCCACGAGCGCGAAGCCACCUACCACCUCUCUCGGCUAUCGGCGGAUGCUGUCAAAGUCGCGUUUAUCCCGCACGUCGCACCGUGGUUCCAAGGCAUCAUCUCGACCGUCUCGGCGCCUUUGAACCAGAAAAUGUCGUCCAAGCAGAUCAAACAACUCUACGCUGACUUCUUCGCCAACGAACCUCUCGUGAAAAUCCAGGACCAAGUCCCCGAAAUCAAGGACAUCCAACUCCAACACGGCAUCAAACUCGGUGGUUUCCAGGUCCACAGCGACGCCAAACGAGUCGUCGUCGUAGGCGUCAUCGAUAACCUCCUCAAAGGCGCCGCUACCCAGUGUCUGCAGAACCUCAACAUCGCCCUUGGCUACGACGAGACUGCUGGCAUCCCCCACUUGCAGUAG